AUAAUAAUCUGGCGGCCAUCUUUGCUGAGGUCGUAGAGGGAGAGAGGGAGUGAAGACGGAGAAGAACCGCAUCACUAACCGCCCGUGUGUCUGUUGAUUCAGGCCGGAAUGAUCCGUGCGGGUCCCGCUCGUCCUUCUUCCAGACACCCGCUCCACUGGAGCUGUGGAGCUAGCCGCGGCUAGCCGGACCAGCUAGCUGUUGGAUGACAGAGCAGUGGUCUUCAGAGGCGGACUGAGAGCUCAACUCUGCCCGCCCCCGGGGGUCACAGCAGCUGAGUGGUUUAUGUUGAUUCGACAUUAAACACGUUAUGAACCGUUCAGGUUCAACUCUUUUUAGAUUCAGAGAAUGGGUCGAGUUUCGCCCCGGUUAGCUGGAGCUUAAUCCCGCUGCGGAAACUCCGUGAACUGACUCUACCUUCCACCGUGAAGCGGCCUGAUCAGUGCGUUGGAUCCCGAAGAGAGGAGCUGAGAGUCGGAUGAUAGCGGGUGGAUUGUCUGGUCGCAGGUCCUCCUAGUCUACCUCAGACUCACGGCUCGUCUCUGCAGCGCUGGCCCGAUCACACCUGGGUUCACCUGUUGUCCCGGUGUGACCGGUUCACACCGGGACUGUGUGAGGAGUCCUGCCCGGAACAUGCUGCCGGUCCUCGCUGUCAAUCACCAGUCGAAGCCGCUGUAACGUGUCCGUCACGAUGGGACCUGAGAGCAAACUGUUCCUCAGCGUUUUCCUCAUCUCCUGCUCCUCAGGUGCCAUUUUGGGUCGCUCAGAGCCUCAGAAGUGUGUCCACUACAACUACAGCCCUAAUUCUUCCUCCUCAUCUUCCUCGGCAUUGGAGGGUCGGGGGAAUAUCAGCAGAGUGAUAACCUGCUCUGGGGAAAAAGAUAAGAGGUUGCACUGCUUCGCCACCUGGAAGAACGUCUCUGGAGCUGUGAAGGUGGUGAAGCAGGGCUGCUGGCUGGAUGACGUCAACUGUUAUAACAGGAGCGAGUGUGUGGAAAAGAAAGAUGGUCCUGAAGUCUUCUUCUGCUGUUGUGACGGCCUUUUGUGUAACGACAAGUUCUUCUACAGCCCCAACAUCAGCUGGCCACCCACGACGAACAAACCAGUGGAGUCUCCACCUCCAUUGCUGUCCACGCUCAUGUACUCAUUGGUUCCCAUCAUGGCUGUCACCGCCAUUGUCCUCUUUUCCUUUUGGAUGUACCGGCACCACAAACUGGCCUACCCACCUGUACUAGUGCCCACACAGCACGCCUUUCACAUAAUGAUAGAGGACCCCGGACCCUUUCCCCCCUCCCCCAUCCUUGGUCAAAAGCCCCUGCAGUUACUUGAGAUCAAAUCCAGGGGGCGUUUCGGCUGCGUGUGGAAGGCUCAGCUGCUCAGUGAAUAUGUGGCUGUCAAAAUCUUCCAAAUACAGGACAAACCGUCAUGGCAGAACGAGUUGGAGAUCUUCAACACCAGCGGGAUGAGACAUGAAAACCUGCUGCGCUUCAUCGGUGCUGAGAGAAGAGGAAGUCACAUGGUCACGGAGCUUUGGCUCAUCACCGCCUUCCACGAUAAGGGUUCUCUAACCGACUACCUGAAGGCAAACGUUCUCUCCUGGUCUGAGCUGUGUGUCAUCGCUCAGUCCAUGUCCAGAGGUCUCGCCUACCUGCACCAAGACAUACCUGGACACAAGGACGGACACAAGCCUGCCAUCGCACACAGGGACUUCAAGAGUAAGAACGUUCUGCUGAAGUCCGACCUGAGCGCCUGCAUCGCUGACUUCGGCCUUGCUCUCAGGUUUGAGGCGGGGAAGUCUCCGGGAGACACCCACGGACAGGUGGGGACCAGGAGGUACAUGGCCCCUGAGGUCCUGGAGGGGGCAAUCAACUUCCAGAGAGAUGCCUUCCUCAGGAUCGACAUGUACGCUGUGGGCCUGGUGCUGUGGGAGCUCGCUGCUCGCUGCAAGGCUGCUGACGGUCCGGUGAAUGAGUACAUGCUGCCGUUUGAGGAGGAGGUGGGUCAACAUCCGACUCUGGAGGACAUGCAGGAUGUUGUCGUCCACAAUAAGCUGAGACCGACGCUCAGAGAGUGCUGGAAGAACCAUGCUGGCCUGGUGUUGUUGUGUGAGACCAUCGAGGAAUGCUGGGACCUUGAGGCUGAGGCCCGACUGUCGGCCGGCUGCGUGGAGGAGCGAAUCGUUCAGAUGCAACGAACGACGAAUGUCACCAUGCCCGAGGACAUUGUCACGGUUGUCACCAUGGUGACCAACGUGGACUACUUGCCAAAAGAGUCGAGCCUAUGACGAGACACAGGGCCUAUCAGGAUGGAGCAGGCACUCCUGCUAAGGUGACUGCCGGGUGCUCAGGUGAUUUGUUGGACGCUCAGGUGACCUCUAGCAACCUCUGGCUGCAGGUGAGUGUCAGACUGAUGAGCAGCUCUUGAACCUGGAGAGUCUCUCUGUCAUCACUUCCUGUGACCUUUUUUGACGAUCCAAACACUUUUAUUUCAGAAUAAAAGGGCGACUUAAGUUUGUCUAAUGUGAUGAUGAUGUCAACAACAAAUGUCUUCUGAAUGUCUGUUUCACUGAUUUUUGUGUUUGUAUGUAUGUGAAUAGAUAUACUUAAAUUUACAGAUUAAGUUCAUUUUUGAGAAAUAUGAUUAUACAGAUAUAGGGAUGUCACAAUACAAAAUAUUUAUUAGUCAGUACACAUACCAUGAUACGUUUUUCGAUGCCAUAUUUGAUACCAGGACAAAAAAACAGAACAUCUCGCUUACUUCAACACAUACUCUUUAAUCAAUAACAUUUGAACACACAAAAAACAACAGUGGCUAUAUGUAGUCUUCAUGAAUAUAUUUUGAUUGUAUAUUAUGAUAUACAAACAUAUACAGAUUGCUUUAUACCUGUAUACAGAGUAUUAUCAUGAUAUACAAAUGAUUAUUAUGAUAAACAUGUAUAUAUAGAUUGUUAUUAUAUAUGUAUAUACAGAUAAUUGUUUUUAUUAUACAGUAGAAACAACUCUCGUUAGAUCAUCAGCUGAUUUCAAUUCAAAUAAAAAAAAAGUACGUUUAUUUCUACAUACUGAAAAUGACCUGAUUUUAUCCUACAUUUAUUUUAGUGUUGUGUGACAUCAAAGAUCAGCUGGCUUAUUUGUUUUCUUCUGGAUGCUGAUUGGAUCAGAGCCUCGGCUGCUACAAAUCAAAUGACAUCAAAAACAAGUGAAGUGAAAACUCUGUCGUCACGUCCACAGCGAAAACCAAACGUUUGCUAAACGUCUCAGGGAGAUGGUCGGGAACUCUCGGGGCCGUCAGCUGACCUGCCUCAGGCUUCUCCUGGUUUCAGUUAACACCCGUUUCCUCUGAUGAACUGUGAUAUAAGCCCCGCCCUCUUUUGUUUUGUUUUUUUCCUUUGACAGGACAUGCCCCGGAUUUUAGCAUGAGUCUGUUUUUAUUGACACUAAUCAAAAACUCCUGUAUAAUGUUAAUAUUGUUGUAAAUAUGUUGUUAACAUGUUUAUUUUAUACAAUGACAAUCGUACAAAUGAAAAACAGUUGGUGUAUCUGUUUCAGUAAUUUAUGUUGAAAGUUCUAAACUCUUAUUUCGUU